AUGAAGGCAGCUGGCUGUGAAUGGGCUCUUUUGAGCCCGGAAGGGACUUAUCAUAAGCUUUCCGAACCGAAUUUUUUUGUAGGGCGAGAAGAUGAGAUGGACUUAACACUAAAGGUAGGGUUAAGAUGGAUUUCUUUUGCAACAAUUGACCUAGAAUUUUAUGUGAUAAAGUCGCUGCUGACGCGAUGCCUGCAGCGUUGUACAAUCGAAUCUCGAAGCAAUAUUAAGCUUAUAGUUUUGUGAUAUGUUUGUGAAAUUUCCUUUUUCUUCCUACUUGGAAAUACACUGUAGCCAAUUUUUGCCCUAACAUGGAAAAUUCUUCUAGGCGUGCUCUCACCCAAAACAGCUGAUUUUAAUACGUAGCUCCUGCUAAAACUCAGGCACUAUCAUUUCAUCGUCAAUGAACAGAAUUUCAAAUCCCUUUAGAAAUCACAACGAUGUUGUUAGAGAAGAAAAGUUUCCGCAAUAUCACAGUCAAGUGUUGGGAAUUUUUAUCCUCACCCUAAAAUAGACAAGAUAUGGAUAGUGUAAUUCUGAAAGGCCUUUCUUUUUUGCCCCCUAUGGAAAUAUGGAAAACAUGAUUCUGGCAGUUCGUUUUUUACACAAUAGUUCUCUUCCGAGUUACCCUACGCUUUGUUUCUUUCUACUCAGUAAGAUAUACAAAUCCUAAUGAAUUCAUUUUAUCUGUAUAUACAGUCAAGGAGUGUGGAUAAACAACAUGCAGUGAUCUCAGUCAAUUUGGAGAAUGCUGAAUACAAAUUGCAUGAUCUUGGAACCUUGAAUGGUGUAAGUAUGUCAAUUCCAUGGAAUGCUACAGAUCCAAUAAAAUUAGAGGUUCUAGAGAGCUGCGUACUAUCCGAUUCCCUACCAUGUGCAAUUCUAUUACUAAAGCCGCAGAUUGGUAUCAAUUUGCAAGAUGCACAGGGCACCCAGACAGCUUCUGUGUGUAGCAGUUCGUCA